CAGUUUUGUGGCCGACUGUCCCCGUGAAGGGGAUUGCCUAUCGAUGGGUUUGUACAACAGUACAGGCGUCAGUGUUAUAGCCUUCCCGUCUGAAAACAGGAAUGAUAAAAAAUAUUGAAUAAAAAUGUGGUUCAGCUUAGUGCUUCUAGCUGCACUGUCUGCGGCAUCGGCGCAGACCACGCCCUCCGAGAGACAUGAUGACAAACAAACUACUCUGAAUGAAAACCAUACUACUAGCCAGUACUUGGAGGAAAAUCCAGUGACAACCAAUACAAUAAUCGCUGAACUAUCUAACGACACUGUGAAUAACACAACCGUGGAAAAUACGGUGACUAUGGCAAGAAGAGAUAUUGGAGCAAUCAGUGCAAGAGCUGGCGAUGCAGGUUCAGAAACGGAGGUAGCAGAGCUGACCAUCGAGACACGGUAUGGUCCAGUCACCGGCACUGUUGAUGCUGCCACCAGCGUCACCGGAUACUAUGACAUACCGUACGGGAAAAUUGAAAACAUAUUUCAGGAACCAUCAGAGCCAGAUGCAUGGGAAACUGCCCAUGCCAAGACCAAACAUGAAGCCAUGUGUCCACAAAUGCAUAACAGCGAAAUAAUGUCUGACCUAAACUGUUUAACCCUCAGUAUAUUCUUGAAAGCCACAACAGCUGCCCGCGAAGACGCUGGAGCUAAGGCGAGCGUCUUGUUUUAUAUUCACGGUGAAGACUUACAGUCGGGCAGUGGAGAUCCAUAUGUAUACGGACCCCGACACUUGGCACCGAAAGGCGUUAUCCUGGUUCUUCCCAACUACAGAUUGGGAGCACCAGGUUUCCUGUGCGGAAAAAAUGACAGCAUACCAGGAAAUGCCGGAUUAAAAGAUCUUACGCUAGCAUUGAAAUGGACAUACGAGAAUAUUGACAAAUUCGGAGGUGAUCCUGAAAAUAUCGUUGUGAGCGGGGAUGGUCUGGCCGGGGUGCUCGUUGGGCAUCUCGCACUGUCACCGCUAUCAUCCCGAUAUGUUGCCAAAGCAAUAACUGAGAGCGGAGCUGUACUAUCUAAUGUAGCUUUAGAUAGAGAUCCUAUGUCAACUGUUAAAAAGCUAGCUGGAGUGUUAGCAACCAAAAAUCCAAAAGAUACUACUAUUCCAGACCCAUUGACUGUAAUUCUAGAAAAUUCAUUGAGCGAUUUAAUUUUAUAUUCCAAGGAUAUCCAGUUCAGACCGUGCGUGGAGCACGCACAUGCUGGCUCAUUCAUGAACACGACGCCGUGGCAGAUGCUGCAGGAUCACAAAUACAACACGAGCUUCGUGAUGGGCGCAACUAAAAUGGCGGGUUAUUACGAUGCUGAAGCGGUAACAGAAGAAACAAUUACAGAAAUUAAUGAAAACAACUCAAAGUUACUUCCCGAUGACCUUUGGUUUGAUUCCAAAACUGACAGAGAUGAGGCUGCAGCGAAUGUUAAGGAGCUUUACUUCAAUACCGAAACCAUAUCACUAGAAGACACCAGUAAACUUUCUUUAUACUUCACUGACAUACUGUAUCUUGGGCCCUCACUCAGGACGGCCAGGUCUCUGGUCCAGGCCGGGGCGAAGGUGUACUUUUACGAGUUUCUAUUUCUUGGCAAGCUGAGUCAAGAGUACGCGGACUCGGCGGGCGCCGUGCGCGGCGACGUGGCCAGCUACUUGUUCAGUCGCGGCGGCGCGCUGCCAGAGGCUGGCUCCAAGGAUGAGCAAGUGGUCACGGAGAUGACGGAACUAUGGGUUUCAUUCAUGAAUACCGGAACGCCAACGCUGGAGUCGACCGCGUGGCACGUGAUGACGGCGGACAGCGCCAGGGAGCCGUUCCUGUCGAUCGGCGACACGGUCAGCAACCAGACCGGCAUCCACGAGGACCGCCUGGCGCUGUGGACGCGCCUCUACAGCCAGCACUUCAUCGAGAGGAACCGCGCGCUGGGCCUCAGCGGCGACCAGCGUCUGUUGCUCGCAGCCGUGUUCGUCCUGCUACAUCUUUCAACAAACUACUUCUAUUGUUUCCGCGACAAGUAAUUUCUCGUUUUCCUGUUCGUAACGGUCACGCUGUGACGUCGCCCUGACGCGCUAAUUUAAUGAUUGGAUCAUUAGCAUAGAUUCACUUACUUUCAAUGCUAAUUUGGUAACAACAGGCUAUGGAUUAUAAUGAAAUUGUAAAUGCUGUAUUGUAUUUGUUUUAUCUCUGAAUAAAUACUAUUUAUCACUGCA